CCAGGGCUGCGUUACAGCCACCCACCGCAGCCCUCCUCUCUGCCACUGCAGUCCCACGUUCUGUACCACUACUGCCCUGUUGGCCGGAUUAACUCAUAGAACGGUGAAAAGACCAAACAGACAUCAUGUCUGAGAAAAAGAUGUCAUCGAGCCGCAAGCAUCAUCUGAAGAGCCUGAUGCUCCAGAUCGCCCAGGAACUGAUAGCGGAAGAGGAAGCCCAGUCUUUAGAGGACAGGAAGCAGUACAUGAGUGAAAAUAUCACUCCUCUGCAGCUCACAGGAUCCAUUGCAGAACUCCAGGACCUGUGUAAGAAGAUGCAUCAGAAGAUUGAUGUGAUUGAUGAGGAGAGAUACGACCUGGGCAGCAAAGUUGGCAAAAGUGACAAAGAGAUUGAGGAUCUGCAGAUUAAAGUACAGGACCUGAAGGGCAAGUUCAAGAAGCCCGUUCUGAAGAAAGUACGCAUGUCUGCUGAUGCUAUGCUCCAGGCUCUGCUGGGCUCCAAACACAAGGUGUCCAUGGAUCUGAGGUCCAACCUGAAGCAAGUCAAGAAGGAGGUCAAGGAGGAGGACAAAGAAUCUGUGGGUGAUUGGCGUAAGAACAUCGAAGACAAAUCAGACAGGAAGAAGAUGUUUGAGACUACUAAGGAGUAGAUGUUCCUGGAGUUCCAGACAGGAAGUUGUUUGAGACUCAUAAGGAGUAGAUGUUCCUGGAGUUCCAGACAGGAAGUUGUUUGAGACGGCUUGAACAACCUUCUGCCUUUGGUUACGAAGUUAUCCAGUUACAACUCGUUUGUUUGUUUGUUUGUUUUUCGUCUCUGGCUAAAUUCAUCUAAGAGGUAGUUCCAUCUCUCUAGGACUGUUGUUAUGAUAUCUAAGAGGUAGUUCCAUCUCUCUAGGACUGUUGUGGUAUGAUAUCUAAGAGGUAGUUCCAUCUCUCUAGGACUGUUGUGGUAUGAUAUCUAAGAGGUAGUUCCAUCUCUCUAGGACUGUUGUUAUGAUAUCUAAGAGGUAGUUCCAUCUCUCUAGGACUGUUGUGGUAUGAUAUCUAAGAGGUAGUUCCAUCUCUCUAGGACUGUUGUUAUGAUAUCUAAGAGGUAGUUCCAUCUCUCUAGGACUGUUGCUGUAUGAUAUCUAAGAGGUAGUUCCAUCUCUCUAGGACUGUUGUGGUAUGAUAUCUAAGAGGUAGUUCCAUCUCUCUAGGACUGUUGUGGUAUGAUAUCUAAGAGGUAGUUCCAUCUCUCUAGGACUGUUGUGGUAUGAUAUCUAAGAGGUAGUUCCAUCUCUCUAGGACUGUUGUGGCAGGUGUUAAUUAAUGUGUGUAAUCAAAACAAUCUGUAGUUCUGUUAAGUCAUUUUGUUCCAAUUCAAUUUCUGAAAAUAA